AUGGGCACUGGAGGUUUGGUGGUUUUUCGUUCAGUCACGAGGGGCAAAAAGGAGAUCUACCUGAAAGCGAGGUUCCAUGCGGAUGGUGACUACUCCAGUCUCGGCUUCAGGCUGCACAGGUUUCUUUCAGGAGUGGAAUUCACCAAUGGCUUGUCGGGCCUGGAAUCGUUGGAGGCCAUCUUGAUGAACCCAGAUCUCCAGGCAUUCUUUCCGGAAGACAAAGUUGAAGAGGUGAGAGAACAUCGCCGCCAGAAGAUGAAAGCGUUCAAGACGGUGUGCAAUGGUUUCGACUGCUUGGUAGCACAAUUUGUGGCCCAAUUCAAGUAUGGUCCUGGAGGUUUGUACAUCCUCCCGUUGUCAUCGCCUUUAGUUUGUGAGUUUGUCUAUGUGAUCGACUAUGAUGCAGAUGCACCUCAACCUCUGAGUGUAAUAACCUGGCAGGGCUCUGCUGAAGACGAGGCCAAAACCUGCAGUUUGGCAGAGUUCCGGAGUUUGUGCCGCGGACCGGAGGAUGAAGGCGAACAGCCGCCUUUGAAGAUGAAAAGGAUGGUGAGAUCGCCUGUGACUGCAUCUGAAGGUGUUGCCUUCAAACGGCAAGAUGCAAGUGGACCACGUGACCCUGAGGCUGAUCCCUUCAUUACACGUGCCAUCGAGGGCGACCGAGGCCCACGGAAGUCACGAGCCAAGGCGGACUAUGCAUAUGGAGCCUAUGGAGCUGUUUCCAACAUCAAAAGGAUUACAAGGGGCGGAUGGCAGGCGGCAGGGUUCAGCGAGACAGAGUUCAAGGACGUGGACCCAUGGCGCGAGCCUGAAGGUGCCUCAGGAGACAUAGUUCGACAAGACGAGUCAGAGUUGUUGCCACCGGAUGCAUCAGAGGUGGACAAAUGGUAUCAGAAUUUCAUAGUGACUAUGGGGGCUCCUCCGGAUGAAGCUGAAGAACCUACAGCUUCACAGUUGGCAGCGUUGCGCAAGAAGGCAAAAGAGCAGGAGGGAGAGGAGUUGCCGUCGUCUUCAACUGGCCAGUCGAAGAAACAAAGGUUGCACCAAGUCAAGAAGAUCGGAAGCCAGAUCCACAUGGCAUGGAUGGACUUCAUAAAAAACCAUCCUAAGGCGUUGGAGGCCGCAAACUAUGGGUCGAGCGAGGCAAAGAUUGACGAGAAGAUCCUGGCAGAAUGGUCCGAGAGGUUGUCGUCAUUACUCGGAGUGAUGGACCAAGACGGCAUCACGUUGAAAGAGAAGGUGGAAUUUGCGUCUCCUUUGAAGGCAGCCAUGUGGGACGCUUGGAGGGUCUGUGCACGAGACCCUGAGCAGUUCAUAGGCCAAUGGGCAAGAGAAGGUGUCCCAUUGGGAAUGGAACAGAGCAUCCCCGACGCAGGCAUCUUUCCCAGGGUGGAAGCUGGCGGCGCCUUGGAGACAAAGACCGACAUGGCGAUCUUGCACCCCCUCCGCAACUAUGACUCGGUGGAGGCACAACUGGAUGAGGCAGCCAUUGAAAUUGACCGAUAUGUCAAGAAGGGCUUUUGCAAAGUCUUGGCACUGGAAGAAAUCCAUUCCAGGUUUCCAGCUGGGACUGCGUCCAGAUUGGCCCUGAUAUUGAAGCAGAAGGCGGACGGCAGCACAAAGAGAAGGAUAGUGAUCGACAUGCGGAGAUCCAAAGGGAACGACCGGGCGAAGAUAGAGGAACGAAUAGUUCUGCCAAGGUCCCAAGACAUCGUGGCGAGUCUGCGAGUCAUGAGAGCCCGAGAACAUGAGCUGGUGGCGAAAGCGACGCCUUCUGCCAUUUCGGCGUCCUUCCACCCUGCUGAGGGACAGACGCAGGUUUACAUUGACGAUGUGGCCCUGAUGCUGCGAGGCUCAAAAGAAUGGAGGGAGAUACAGCUGUCCAAGGUGAUUUAUGUCCUCUCUGCGUUUGGGGUUCUCUGUGUAUCAGCAGGCCCCCUAUCCCUCGAGGAAGCAUCGGUGACCACCCCCCAUACCGGCCCGACCUCGUCCAGCGGCUCGGUUCUGAUCAUCAUGUUCUCCUUUGACUCGAAGGCUGCACGCAGCCAGGGCAGUGUGGUGCCCAUCCUUUUCACGGCCACGAGGAUGGCAUACAGGGCCGUCACCGUCCAUUUCAAACGUGGCACUAUUCCCGCUACCCAGGCCAGUUUGCCCAGGAAGGUGCGUAGAUCUUUCACUGGGAUCAUGCCCUUCCCAUCCCAUGCCUUCAAGGUGUCGCAGAUGUCCUCCACCAUCUUUUUCGGAGUGCCCAGGACCACCUUGUCAGGGAAGAGCUCAAACUCCGUUACAAUCCAGACCACUCUCUUCCCCCGUUCACCUUUCUCCAUCGACAUGGGGCGAGAAUGGCACAUCUUGGAAGCAUUCGAGGCCCCGGUGCAGGCGAACCAAGCAAAAGCCCUCGAGAUACCGUUCCAGCAGGCGGCGGGUCAGGCAGUGCUGGAGGGCCUGGCAGUAGGGCACUGCAGUUGUGGUCCACCAAGAUUCAAGGUGGACCAGUGGUCAUCAGGCUUGGUGACCGUGGGCAGAUGCCCCCUACACUGGAGCUACGACUCCGCAGAGCAGAGCCAAAAGGAUGGCGACGGUGAUGGGUGCAAUGAUCGCAGCAGCCAGUCCGAGAAAAUGAGAGGAAGCGAGACACAGAUCCCCCUGAAACUGGUGGGAGAGAAGGUCAAAGACCGAGCCUGGCUGGGCAAUGUAAAGAAAAGCUUCAUCAGGAAGUUUUAUGCAGCAUCGACACUGGCAACGAAGAAUACAAAAAGAAAGAAAGCGAUAGAGAUCCUCGAGGGCAUGGGAUGCAAACACUUCCCUUUGGAUGUGGACACCCUCACAACCCUUGCAGCAGUUUUGGAUUCCACGGGAAUGAGAGCAGGUGACCAAUACCUUGCAGAAGCGAAGGCCAUGCACGUGGAAGGGGGGCAUGACUGGACACUACUCCUAGAGAAACAGCUCUCGUCGUGCAAGAGAGCGAUGCAAAGAGGCAAAGGCCCAGAGUGCAGAGCAAAAGAGGUCAGAGUGAGUGCCAUCUCGGAGGACCAAUGGACCGGGGUCUGCGAAGGAAAAGGUGAACCGAAACGAGUGGCGUGGUUUUACGCCUGGGCAACGGUGUGGAUGCUGCGGGCAAUUGAGGCGGCAAACAUGAAGGCGAGCGAUGUCGUCUUAAAGUUUGAGGAGAAGAUGGUUAGACUUCACGUGCGGAAAUCAAAGACAGAUCAGAAGGGCUCAGGCACGUGGAGAACCUUCAAGUGCUGUCAAAAGGAGCAAUGUGCCAGAGACUGCGCAUUUAAUCUGGCAAUACUUGCACUCAACGACUUGGGGAACGCAGACAAGGAGCCCCCGCUGUUCCCAGAUUCUGACAGGAAACCGGUGUCAAAGAUCCACAUGGUGACGGCAUGUGCCAGACAUUUAAAUUUAGAUGAAGCAAUGUCAGGUCACUCAGCCCGCAGAUCAGGGGCAAUGUGCUACGCUCGGAAGGGGCUUAGCAUCCAGGCCAUCCAAUUCUUGGGGAGAUGGAAAUCGUCAGCAGUUUUUCGGUAUGUGGAGGAGGCCAUGACGGAAAUACCCCUCAACGUGACAGACGGAAAGACAGCUGAAGCGGGCGAGACACAGAACCAAGAGGCAAACAAAAAGAAAAGGGCCCUGAGGCCCAAGUCAAAAGCUGCACCACCGCAGCGGGAAGCUUCUGAAGAACCCACAAGGGGCCGCGUGGGGAAUACCGUUAGAUCAGUGGGCUACGAUCUGCGGCUGGAACUUCGCCAGAAGGAACGUGAAGGUGGAGUUGACCCAAAACCCAAGGCGGUUGGCCUCACAUUGCAAGAAGUGCCAGGUGCCAGAGAGUGUGCGCAGGGCAUGGAACUUCAUGGACAAGAUCCACGUCUGAGUAUGCUCCAAGGCUGUGCACCUUCUGGAGGUGAGUCAGCACCCGACAGCAUCAAGGGAUCAGAGGACCUCAUGUCUCAAAAGGCACAUGGCACUUGUGUGGGACCACCACAAAAUCCGCUUCGCUGGGAUGCUGACUACGCAACAGCAGACAGCAUUUGUUGUUUCAACAGACACCACGCAGAGUUUGCCGGAUCCUGGGAACGAACUGGCUUGCCCGCUGCCAUUGCUAGUCAAGCAUCCAACUCCACGAUCAUGUUUUACGACUCCGUGACAGGCAAACCACUCUUCAAAGCUCCAAAAGGUCGAAGUUGGGAGGACUUCAACAAGGAAUCGAAAGCCCACGGUUGGCCAUCGUUUCGGGAUGAUGUUCAGCAGGUGCGUAUGAGAAUCACCGAAAGGGUUGCAGAAAACCCGGAAGAUGGCCGCCAUGUGCUCGUGGCCUAUGUGUCAGAGAUCAGCCUCCAGGAAAUCAUCGUGUUUCUGCAACAAGCCACACUCUCAGCACUAGAUCAGGGUUCAGACAUGGGCCCGGGCGAGGCCAAAUUGUUGGCACUUGUGCGAACGGUAAAAUGCCAAGCUCAGCUGAUUGAAGUGCAGAAGCUUCUCAGUAGGCAUGGUGUGAACACUUCAAGCUACGGUAGAGAAGGUUGCCUCACUGUCAAAGAUCUAGCCAGAGAAGUGUCACACGGCCAGUGCCGGCUGGAGACCGAUGAGAAUGGAAAGCUGCUCCGGAAUGUCUCCCUGGUUGAGGUCACUCUGGUUGUGCGCAUCACAGGUGGUCGCCUAGCCCUAGUUGAGGAAGAGCAGAUUCUCGAUGAUGGUCGACGGCGCCAGUUCAUGCAGCGCAAGUUGCAUGGCAAGUUGAUGCGGAAAGAGACCCCUGUCCGUGGAGCAUGGCGUUGUGUGCGCGAGCGGCUGGGUUUGGCUGCGAACCAAGACAAUCGGCUGCGGGUCGAGAGAGAUGAGUUGCAGCACGCAGCAAGAGAGGCAGAAAAGGAGGCUGCUCGAAGAGAAGAGGCCUUCAAAGGAAAACUAUCAAAGCUGCGUUGCGCUGCUGGACUUGAAGUCUUAGAACCUUCAGUGGUUCACCAGGCGUCCAGCAAUGCGGUCGGCCCUAACAUGGUUGGCAUCGACCCGGUUGGCCGAAACAAGGCUUCACAAUCAGCAAUUGGAGCAAAACAAGCCCAAGGUGACGACUAUGGGAAGUAUGGCGUCACCAAGUCCAAUCUCAAACAGGCUGAGAACCAGCUAAAGUCCUGCCUCAAGAAAGCCAGAUUGGAGGACUACUGGGGCAAAGAGGGCCUGGGAAGUGGACCACACAUCAACCUGUUUGAAUCUGCCGAGCUAGAAGUCAAGCGGCACUGCGAAGAGCAUGCGAAACUGCUGAGAUACCAGGGGACCAACAACAACUUGGCAGAAAGAUCAAAAAAACGUCCCUUGUCGGAAUUUGACGAAAUGACCCAAGAAUUGCCUUGGUACAUGAAGGCUGAGCCUGAAGGCCGGUUGGAGGUUGAGGCCGAGGCUGGAAGUGAUGUAAAGAGAAAGUGGACAAGGAAGCAUGGUCAGAUGGUGUUACGGGUGAGCUUUGACGAGAAGAGUCCAACGACCACAACCGUCGACACCUGUCACCUUGAAGUUGAAACGACAGCGUCGCAGCCUCCGAAGGAGUUGAAGAAAAAGCUGAAAGACAAGGACAGCAUAAACAUGCAAAAACAUGACAUCGAACAGAGAACACGUGCAAAAACGACUUGUCUUGAAGUACGAUUUGUUUAA